UGUAAAUAGCAUCAUAAAAUUGCUACAAAUGGGAUUGAAACAAAAAUCUAUCUAAUACAAACAUCCCGGGGAAGAUCACACAUGCUAAUCAGAUCAAACUCGAGACCUAGAAAGUCUGUGCUCUUCAACGUUUGCAUGAGCACAAAAUUUAUCGAGUUUUCUUGUAAUUGGCGAAUGAGUGACGAAGUUUGCGGCUCAUCCCUAGCAAUCAAUCAAUUGCACUCCACAGGCCAUUCACCGUUCCUUUGUUAGACGAUCAUCGGAGAUCGUUUCCAUCGAAGCAAUUUUUUUAAUCAGCUAUCGGAUAAAUAUCCAUGCUAGGAUCGGUCGCCCAAUAGGGUAGGAAAGCAGGCUAAAAUAUUCCUAUAUAAAGUUAAUAAAUCUCGCUGCUCUUACUGACAGGUAGUUUUUGAAGGGUCAUGUUGCGUCAAAGUCCUUUCAACAUGCAUCUAUCUUCCGCAAUUCUUCUUGCCCUAUCAUCGGGCGCUACCGCGGCAGUUCUACCCUUCGAUGUCCCGGCACCAGCCCGAGUCCGAGAUGCCCCCACGCCGACAGGAUGCACGGCCGCGGCGAUCGCUACCGAGACCACCAUCAACCGAGGAAGCGAGGGCAUCUGGGUGAUUGGACCAAGCGCACCGAAUUUGAAUGAGCUUUACAAGUUUAGACAGACGGACUGGCUCGACAAUGACCACCAAAAGAUUCUGGACACCUGCGGUAACAUCUGCUUGGAAGGAAACAAUACCGCUGAUACAGGCAUUUGGCUGCCAAGCGGUAAAUACUUUCAAGGCGCGUUCGUCAACACACCGGGAGGAAACGGCCCAGACCACCUCCUAUGGCAGUGCGCGUGCUACGAUCGUGCCGUAACACAGGACGAUCUUGUUCCUGGUGGCGGGACUUGGAAUAACGCCAACCCCGGAAGUGGAACCAUACUCAACCGCAAGUGUUGAUUCGUUGAUUCGACGGCUUUGCAAACGGAACUCGUGGAAGCGAGAUGGGGCGGCAGGGCGGAUAGUCGUUGGUAGCUGUGAGAUGGGACUUGGCUACUCGUUAUGUAGCAUGCUAUGGUUUUACACGUACAGCCAUAAAAGGAAUUAACGAAAAAAAAGGAAGGAAUAAAUGUUCCCUGUGUCAAUCUAUGGAUUGGUGAUGUCGUAAGAUGAAUGCCUUGACUGUAUCCAAGCAUCUUGAUGGGGGAUGAGUUAGUCUCAACCUCCCGAUUCGGCUUGUUCUAGGCAGAAAUAAACUCCUCAGUUAUCGCGUUUGUAUUUAGGACUACUGAUCGAAAGAGAUUACUGAAACAGGAUGGUUGCAACAGAGACAAUGCUACCCUGAUGUACAUGCCCCUAUCGGCUUCUUGCCGCGUUGUGGACAAUGCAAGCUACCGUAGAGCCAUGUCUACGAACGGCGAAGCAACAGGUAUUGAAAGUAGACUCCAGAAUAUCAACUUUGAUGGAGAUAUGUCCUCGGUGGCACAGCUUCUGGUCAGAUAGAGCUUAUCAUAUAUCAUUUACUUGAGUUAUGUUAGUUUAGGU